CGCCCGUUUAAAGCUCUCCUCCCGCGUCCUCGCGACUCGGUCCCCUCUCGUCCGCCCUCGUCCUCGGCGCGUUCACCUUCCUCACCGGGCUGAACACCGGCCAAUGCUUCACGCCACCUCUGCCCUGCGUGUCUGUCCCACGCGUGGGAAGCACAGCAAGACCAAGGGCUUCACCUGAGACGGACCACGGGAGCGCGUUCCUCCAUUUAUUUCUAGUUCUACAUUUCUUUUUCCCGUCGGACGAGGCUGUGAAUUCAGCGACGACAUCAGCUCAGACCGUUUUGUCACGGAGGACGAAGGGACGACAGCGUGGAGAUAUGAACGAGUCGCUGGUGGUGAAUGACUCCUCUGCUACUCCUGUGCCUGCAGAGGGUCUGACAUGGAUGGAAGUGGAGUCUCCAGAGCACAACGGCAGCCUGGAGUUCUCCACCGCCCCGCUGGAGUUCCCCGUCAACCCGUGGGACAUCAUGCUCUGCAUGUCCGGCACUGUCAUCACCUGUGAAAACGCUAUAGUGGUAGCGAUCAUCUUCUACACGCCCACGCUGAGGACUCCCAUGUUUGUUCUGAUCGGGAGCCUGGCCACAGCCGACCUUCUGGCCGGAAUGGGAUUAAUCCUGAACUUUGUGUUCCAGUACGUGAUCUCGUCCGAGACCAUCAGCCUCAUCACUGUCGGCUUCCUGGUGGCCUCCUUCACUGCCUCCAUCAGCAGCCUCCUGGCUAUAACAGUGGACCGCUACUUCUCUCUCUACAACGCUCUGACGUACUUCUCGGAGAAGACGCUGCAGUACGUCCACCUGAUGCUCGUCGGAACCUGGGGGGUGUCUCUGUUCCUGGGGCUGCUGCCGGUGCUCGGCUGGAACUGCCUGGACGAGCCGGCCUCCUGCAGCAUCGUCCGGCCCCUGACCCGCAGCAACGUCACCCUGCUGGCGACCUCCUUCUUCGCCAUCUUCGUGCUCAUGCUCACCCUUUACUUCAAAAUCUGCAAGAUCGUGUGCCGCCACGCGCACCAGAUCGCCCUGCAGCAGCACUUUUUCGCCACGUCCCACUACGUCGCCACCAAGAAGGGGGUGUCCACGCUCGCCAUCAUCCUGGGCACGUUCGGCGCCAGCUGGCUGCCCUUCGCCAUCUACUGCCUGGUGGGCGAGCGGGAGUACCCGUCGGUGUACACGUACGCGACGCUGCUUCCAGCCACCUACAACUCCAUGAUCAACCCCAUCAUCUACGCCUACAGAAACGCGGAGAUCCAGCGCUCCAUCUACAUGCUUCUCUGCGGCUGCUUUCAGGCCAACGGCUCCUACCGCUCCAGGUCACCCAGCGAGGUCUAACGAGGUGCUAUAGGGCUGCGCGCGUGAGGAAACCAAGGGCAAAAACACACGACAAUCUGCUCACGGCUGACAGUGAAUGGACCCAAACACUGAAGGUUUCUCAUGCAUACUAUAUCUGCACUUUACUAUGUCUCAACACAAGUUAGGAGGAGAUUUUGGGAAUGCUGUGAACAAAAAAUAGACAAAACAAACCUGUGAAUGUAUCUAAGUGAGAAAAGGUCAUGGAAAAUCUUGCACUUUAUGUUUUUUGAAAUGCCAAAGCAGUAUUGUAUAGCCCUUACUGUGUUUAAAUGUCUAAAUGUACCCUGUGCCAUUUUUAUAUUUUGUAUUGUAUUCGUCUUUGAUGGAAUUUUCUACGAGAGGAAUAAAGAGAAUUCAAUCCUC